GCUGAGAAAAAAUUGCGCGUGGCAGUGCAGAGGAACUUUUGGCGAGUGAAUUCAGAUGGAGCCCGUGCUUGGAAAGAUGAUACCCCAAAUUAUUAUUUUCGGAUAUAAAAGACUACGCUGUAUCAUCAAAAAAGGGAUUGCAACUUGCAAAACAUGUGGGAAGAAAAUGACAAACAAAGGCGCAACAACUUCCAACUUUGUUCGACAUUUGAAGCUGCACAAAGAGUGUGACCAGUCAUUUUGUUAAGUUCAGGGAUGAACUUCUCUGAGGUCUUCAAACAGUCUAACCAACUGUGCAGAGUUUCACCAGAUGGAAAAUAUUUGGCCACGUGUGUGCAGUACAGGCUGGUGGUGCGUGACGUGAACACCCUACAGAUCUUGCACCUUUACACUUGCCUGGACCAGAUAGUCCACAUGGAGUGGUCCUCUGACUCGCUCUUCAUCCUCUGUGCCAUGUACAAGAGGGGACUAGUGCAGGUGUGGUCUCUAGAGCAGCCCGACUGGUACUGUAAGAUUGACGAGGGCUCGAUAGGACUAGUCUCCUCGCGCUGGAGCCCAGACGGACGUCACAUUCUCAACACCACAGAGUUCCAUCUGAGGGUUACCGUCUGGUCCUUGUGCACCAAAGCCGUAUCUUACAUCAAGUACCCCAAGGCAUGUCAGAAGGGGAUAGACUUCAGCAGGGACGGCUGCUACAUGGCCCUAGCGGAGCGCCGCGACUGCAGAGACUACGUUAGCGUGUUUGUGUGUGACGACUGGCACCUACUGAGGCACUUUGAAACAGAGACCCAGGACUUGGCGGGGGUGGAGUGGUCUCCUAACGGCUGUGUUCUGGCUGUAUGGGACAGCUGUUUGGAGUACAAGGUGCUGCUGUAUUCGCUGGACGGCCGGCUGCUGUCCACCUUCAGUGCGUAUGAGUGGUCGCUGGGCAUCAAGUCUCUGGCCUGGAGUCCCAGCAGCCAGUUCCUGGCCAUCGGCAGCUAUGAUGGAAAGGUCCGGAUCCUAAACCACAUCACCUGGAAGAAAGUGACUGAGUUUGACCACCCAGCCACCAUCAACAAUACUAAAGCUGUGGUCUACAAGGAGGUGGAGAGGAAGCCGGUGGUGGGGAGUGCAGACCUGUCCAUUCAGCAACACAUCACUAUGGGCAGCACCCUCUUCAACACACAGAGCAAAUAUGAGAUCUGCCCAUUGCCAGUCCAGGUACCUGUGGUCAAACCUGACCUUGACCGUGCCAACCCUAAAGUCGGGGUCUCCUCCAUGGCAUUCAGCUCGGACAACCGCUACCUGGCCACAAAGAAUGACAACAUGGCCUGCGUGGUGUGGGUAUGGGACAUGCAGAGGCUGGGGCUCUUGGCUGUUCUGGAGCAGACGUCGGCCGUGCGCUGCUUCCAGUGGGACCCCCGUCGGCCCCGUCUGGCCCUCUGCACCAGCAACGCCAAGCUCUACCUCUGGUCCCCCGCAGGCUGCGUCUCUGUCCAGGUCCCUGCUGAAGGUGGUUUCCAGGUGCAGUCAGUGACUUGGCACUGCAGUGGAGACUCCUUGAUUCUGUUGGGGAAAGAGCAACUGUGUCUGUGCUACAUGGAGGUCGGGGAAGAGGAGGAGGAGGAGGACAACGACGUCAAGUGAGAGAACCCCACGUACUCUCUCCUAUGGGGGCCAGAGCAUUAAGAUUAGUACUCCAAAGACUGUCUGAGCCCAUACUCAAUAGGGCUGUGGUCUGCACAUGACCAGAAGAAUUCCAAAGUGCUGCUCUGACAGUCAACUCUAUGGCCAUUAAACUGUGGUCAUGUGUACUUGCACUGGUCAGUGUCAGCCAUCCCUGCAGGUAACGUUCAACUUAUUUAGGGGAGGAUCACAAUAUAGGGCAGGUGUAGUUGAGGUCCAAGUUCCUGUAGUAUUUAAGAGAUGUUUACAAAGUGCAUUUGUCAAGUCUCUGUCAUUUAAUUAUUUUAAGUAUUGUGUUUGUAAAAAUGUAAAGUCUAGAGGUAACAAUUAUUUUGUAAUAAAGUUUGCUAAUAAUA